AUGAGGAGAUUCUUUUCCAACUUGUUCAAGAGAAGGAAUCAGCAGCAACAGCAGCAGCAACAGCAGCAGCAGCAACAACAGCAGCAGAGUCAUAACGAUAACAAGAGUGGUUCUGCUGCCGCCGCUCAACAACAGCAGCAGCAGGCUCAACAGAACCAACAUGCACAACCACAGCAACAGCAACAACAGCAACAACAACAACAUACACAGAGGAAAUCACAAAAUGACUCACAUCACACGUCUCCAAGCCAUGCGUCAACACCUUCAACAUCGCCUCCAGCAAUCGUAAUCACAAACAAUCAACCAGAGAAGGCAACAUUCACACCUGGCGUCACACCAAACAAGGGAACGCCCAAUGUUCAGACGCCACCCGAGAGUCCAAGACACAAGAAGGAGAAUGGUUACAACGACACGAGUCGUGUGCACAGAAAGAGCAAUGGAGAGUACACUCCACUCGACUAUCACGACUCAUCUCCCAAGUUUGAUCAUCAUACACUACCAAAGAGAAAGGCAUCUGGACCACCAGAGAUCUUGCCAGAGGAGAUUGAGUACGACUUGAAGAACGAUUUUCUUGGACAAGGUUCGUUUGGAUCGGUGUAUCAAGGACGUUGUCGUGGACAAGAGGUCGCUGUAAAGGUACCAAGGAAGCAGAAGCUGAAUCUACACGAGUUGACAAGUUUCAGACACGAAGUUAAGAUCAUGAGCAAGAUAUUCCAUCCCAAUGUAGUAUUAUUUUUAGGUGCCUGUACACAGGCCGGCAAGAUGCAGAUUGUUACCGAACUCUGCCAGACAGACUUGGAGCGACUGCUGCACAACGACAGAGUGAAGCAAGAGUUUAGCUUGUUCAGGAGGAUGCAGAUGGCCAAGGACGCUGCGCUAGGAAUGAACUGGUUGCACGGAAUCACGCGUAUCGUCCACAACGAUCUCAAGACAGCGAACCUCUUGAUCGACAGCAACCUUCGUGUCAAGGUCACAGAUUUUGGUUUCAGUCAGAUCAAGGAGGGCGAGGAGUUCCAAGACAAGGCUGCCAAGGGAACACCACUUUGGAUGGCACCAGAGGUUAUGAUGGGCAACCCUUAUAAUGAGAAGGCAGACGUCUACAGUUUUGGCAUCAUUCUUUGGGAGAUCCUCACUAAGGAGGCACCAUACUCACAUCACAAGGACUACGAUAUAUUCUACAACGCAGUCUGCAAUGAGCAGGAGCGACCACCAAUCCCGGCCGACACACUGCCCAGCUUGAAGCAUCUGAUUCAGAGCUGCUGGGAUCACCAGCCACCCAGCCGUCCGGGCUUCUCCGAGAUCCUGUUCCGUCUGAACGAGAUCUUGGUCGAUUGCGCCAUCGAGUUUGACGACGGCCGUCGGUACUGGAAGGAGCACUUCUUGGUACCCAAGCAGGAGCUACAGGAGGAGGUGGAGUGGAUCGACUUUGAGAAGUCCUUAAAGUCGGUGCAGCAGACGCCUGGCCUGGACUACUCGUCGCUCAAGGAGCUGCUGGUGCAGCAGUCACAUGCCACCGUGCAAAAGACCAAGCAUGUUGUAACAAUGGACCGAUUCGACAAGGUGAUGAAAUGGUUUGGUUCAUUCUUUGAGCCACAGCUUGGUGUCGAAAUAAUCAAUAAUAUAAACAAACUGGCAGGAAGGAUGUGGUUCCAUGGAGAUAUCUCACGUGAACAGGCAACGGCUAGACUGUUGAAGGAGUCGGAUGGUACAUUCUUGAUCCGUCUGAGCUCUACAGAGCCAAAGUCAUGUCCAUUCACACUGUCGAUGAAGAACGAUCAACACCGCAGGAUUCAGCUGAUAGAGGAUGGUAGCAACAGCGUGGUCGGAUUCAAGAUUCAGGGCAAGACCGCUGUCUACAGCAGCAUCCUCGAGCUCGUCGAGAAGUGCUCCGACUAUCCACUGACAAAGCCAUGUCCAAAGCACGGACAGGAGGUAUUCAACCCAUACGACGCAUUCAGCGAGGAAUAA